UAAUGCUCUCAGUUUGUAUCGAUACAUGCAGCCAAGACACUCACCGGCACCUACGAGUCGAUUAUGACCGAACAGUGGUUUGAGAAGGACAUAAAAAAAUAAGAAAAUUCAAAUGUGGAAUGUUUCGACUUGUUCACAGAAACAUUCAGGUUGAUAAUCCCUUUAAAAAAAUGUUUAUGCCCAGAGCCCUGAAAGUGAAGAGACCGACCCAGGCACCAGGACAGAUCUUGAAUAAGAAAAGCAAGAUAGACCAGGCCGAGAGAAAAGAUAAAGACGACGGCAGUUCAGAGACACCUGUUCAAGAGGAGGAACCACGUGAAGAUACAAACAUACAGGAUGAGGCGAUACAAUCGACUGAAGACUCUGCAGGUUUGACAGAGAGCUCAGUACGUGACGAUGGACUCAAGUCUUCCACCGAUGAGUUGGGGCAAGAGAAGGAAGAGGAAGAGGAGCCGGUCAAAUCAUUCAAAAAGAGCCAGAGAUGGCCGGAGCCCGGGGAGCCUGUGUGUGUAAUGUGUGGUCGCUAUGGGGAGUACAUCUGUGACAGCACUGACAACGAUGUUUGCAGUCUUGAGUGCAAAGCCAAACACUUGGUUCAAAUGGGAAUGGGAACUGGGGCCGAUGUGUUCGACCGUAAGGACGUAAACGUCGCUGGACGGACUCCUCAACCUCAGCGGCCGGCAGGCGACACGGGUGAAGGCGAAGCAGCGUAUUCCUACAGGGAAGAUAGGUUCAUAGCGGGCCUGACGGACGAACAGGUGCAGCGCAUCAAACAGGAGCUGGGCAUCGAGACCCAGGGGAGCGACGUCAGGAGACCCAUCGUUGAGUUCCAACACUGCGGUUUCCCUGCCACGCUGGGCGGGAACCUGAAGAAGGCUGGCUACGAGGCGCCCACGCCGGUCCAGAUGCAGAUGGUGCCCGUCGGCCUCAGUGGCAGGGAUGUGAUCGCCAGCGCUGACACGGGCUCAGGGAAGACUGUGGCCUUCCUGCUGCCAGUGGUCGUGAGAGCACUCGAGAAACCAGCGCACAGUGGGCACAGUCCCAGCGCUCUGAUCCUGACCCCCACUAGAGAGCUGGCCAUUCAGAUAGAGAGACAGGUCAAGGAACUGGUGCUGUGCCUCCCCAACAUGAGAACCGCCCUACUGGUGGGCGGCAUGCCGCUUCCCCCACAGCUCCACCGCCUCAAAACCAGCAUCAAAAUUGUCAUAGCCACCCCCGGGCGACUCCUAGAGAUCUUGAGGCAGAAAGCAGUGACGCUGGACAAAGUGAAGGUUGUGGUGGUUGAUGAGGUGGACACUAUGUUGAAGAUGGGCUUCCAGCAGCAGGUGCUGGAAGUUCUGGAACAAGUCCCUGAAGAUCACCAGACACUGCUGGCAUCAGCCACCAUCCCAACGGGGACGGAGGAGCUAGCUGCUCGUCUGGUCCGUGACCCCGUCCGUAUCACUAUCGGAGAGAAGAACCAGCCCUGUGCCAACAUCCGGCAGAUACUGCUGUGGGUAGAAGAACCCUCCAAGAAGAAAAAGCUGUUUGAGAUUCUAAAUGACAGCAAGCUGUACCACCCUCCAGUGGUGGUGUUUGUAGACUGUAAACUGGGGGCGGAUCUGCUGUGUGAGGCGGUCACCAAGGUGACAGGUCUCAACACGGUAGCUAUCCACUCUGACAAGAGCCAAUUGGAACGCAACCGCAUCCUCCGGGGUCUUCUGGAUGGAGACUUUGAGGUGGUGAUCAGUACAGGAGUGUUGGGCAGAGGACUGGACCUGGUCAAUGUCAGAUUGGUGGUUAACUUUGACAUGCCAAACACAAUGGAUGAGUACGUCCAUCAGGUGGGCAGAGCAGGCCGGCUCGGACACAGGGGAACUGCCAUUACUUUUCUCAACAACAACAACAAGCGUCUGUUCCUGGAAGUGGUGAACCGGGUCAAACCCACAGGGUCCAUCUUGCCCCCGCAGCUCCUAAACUCCCCCCACCUCCACGAGCAGCAAAGGAGGGAAAAACAAAAGAGCAGACAGGGGCCUGAAGACAUACUGGUCACCAAGAACAACAUCAUAGACAUCAUAAGGAAACACGACCGUCGCAAGAAGUAGCAAAAUCUUUCUGUCAUUCCUGCACUGUUGCUGCCUAUUUAUUGAAGAAAUGUUUAUUUUGUAUAUUGUCUUUUGGAAAAAUAAAUGGCUUUCAGAUUGAAAUUGAAAAAUAAA